ACAUACAUGUACAUAGACAUAUAUACAGACUUUGUUUUUAUGUUCAUUUGCAAAAAUAUGCAUAAUAUUUUAGUAAUUAAUAUGUACCCAGUGUAAUUUAUUGGAAGUGAGUGAGAGAGUUUGGAAAAUGGAAAAAAAGCUGACAGUAACCAGCUUGCACGAGUUGUCAGAAUUCAUGUACCUCAUACCUGCUUUUAGUGCACAUGAACUUUGAAAGUUCAAUAUUAAAGAAUAUUAAAGAGAUGAAUAAUGAGUAUACGCCACAUGCUCAUUAUUGCAUGUGUGAACACUUGCUCAUUCAUGUAUAUCUAUUUUUUAUAUAUUUUUUCACAUCCCCUUUUCUUUUUCUUUACAUACACAGUCACCUGCAGAUAGCUUUACAUAAUACAGCCACGGAUGAAAACAGAUAUGAGUACACCAAAGGCAUGUAUCGGAACUGCAAUAGAUCAGGGUUGCUCUUUGGAUAUGCAAGAAAUUAGUAAGUGAAACCUGCUGCUAAGGACUUUAGUUGUGAUAGUUGCUCUCUAAAGAGGGAAAACAGAUAAAAAUAACUAUGUUAUAUCUGCCCACGAUGAAGGAGAAUACAUGCUGGCCAGAGGGAGUAAACAUAAAUGAUUGUCAGAUUGGCUCUUGGAGUACUGACACAUUAUACAUGAUGGGGAAAAGGGAGAAGGAAAGCAGCGCAGGGACAGAUUGAGAGGCCAAGGAGCUGCCAUUUUGUCCUGAUGGAAGGAGAAUGUGCUGGAAGGAGCAGAUUGUGAGGCAGGAGAGGGAGAGAGGAGGUUACAGGCAGAUGGUGAUGACGAUGACUCCUCCCAGGGGCAUUUGGCAAACUCUUACAAGUGGCAUUUCUUUGUUGCAGGCAGUGUUGUGUUUGGCCUGUCCCGUUUGUGGUAAAACCUUUGGUGGGCGCAACCGGAAACAGAACCUGGGAUUCCAUUUGAUGAUCCACACGGGAGAAAAGCGCCACCAGUGCCCUUACUGUCCACACAAAUCAACUCUUAAAUUCAAUUUGAUCAAACACAUUCGUAACAUUCACGGUGACAUGAUGAAUCCGAUGACACUAGAACAUCAGUUUCAGGGUUUGGAGCCGAAUCAGUGGGAAUGAUGGAGGGUUCGGGCGUUGCCCCUCGGGCCCUGAUGUGUCCCUUCUGCAACAAGGUGUUUGCCGGGCGCAACCAACACCAGCGGCUGCGGUAUCACACGCUCACCCACACCGGCGAGAAGCCCCAUGCCUGCCCCUACUGCCCUCACCGAGCCAGACUCAAGUUCAACCUGCAUAAGCACAUCCGUGCUCUCCACAAGGACCAGCUGGCUGCCAACUGUCCCCCAGCUGAGUUCUGAUGCCUCCCUCUGGCCCCGGCCCUCGAGGCCUUGCGUGCCACUACUCACACCUAGUUGUGGAACUUGCUAUCUCUCCAGUGGGGGCUCUGUAGUUUUACCUCUGUGCUUUUUUUAAAAACUUAAAAAAUGGAAAAGGUUUCAUUUUGAUAUGGGCUUCAUGGAGAUAUAUGAAGGGAAGCACAAAGGGAUCUGAUUCACAGUUUAAAAUUUGCAUAGGCAGUGUUGUGCACCAAUCCUUUUGUCUCAAGCAUUUUUGUGUUUGUAUAUAUAAAAAAUUAGGUUUCAAUUCGAAUUGUUCAGAUAUUCAUUGACAAUCUGUGUCUUUAUUGAUCAUUAUAUAAUAUAUGCAAAUUUUUUCCUCUUCCCUAUUUAUCCUCUUUUUUUUCUACUGAAAAAUUUUGCUUUUAUUUUGGGUUUCUUAUUAGUUGUGUGCUGCUCUUCUGUUAACCAUGAUGCCUGCCUUAUUACAUCUUUUUCUUCUUUUCUCUCCUUUCUAUUUUUCCUUUUCUUUUUUAAUGACCCAAGUGAUGUGUGGUGGGUGUGCAGGAGUGAUG